CCCUGGGACGAGGAGGGUUUGCUGUGGAGGUGUAAAUGAGACCUGUGUGACCUGUGUCCCUUGCAGAUCGCUGACCCCGAGGCCUGCGACCAAAUGUACGAGAGCCUGGUCAGGAUCCACACCAACUACUACAAGAACAAGUAUCCACGCCUGAAAGACACAACCUUCACUGGGCUGACUGUGGAAGAUUGCAGGAUGAUCCUGGCAACAGACAUUCUCAAACAGAUGGAAGACAUGAAAAAAGGGACAUGGAAAAGGCUGAGGGAAAAGUUUUCUGCCAAGAAACCCGAAGAGGACUCAAAGUGA